AUGCCGAAUGUCCAGUAUGAAGAUAACAUUUUCAUGGACGGGGCUUGGAGGGACAAGGGUGUCCACAUUUCCGACUUAUUUCACGCCAAAUUUUCUCUUAUGAUCAUUCAGUGCCUUGUAAUUCUGAUGGUCACCCGCUCCGUCGGCUACAUCCUCAAGCCCUUCAACCAGCCCCGCAUUGUGGCCGACUUAAUUGUUGCUCUACUAUUGAGUCCGACGAUCAUCAAUAAGAUCUCUUUCCAGAAUGGGUCGGAGAUGAGCUCGAUGACUCUAUACGAGAUAAUCUUCCCGCCGAUGAGCUUUGCUCUGGUGGAAAUUUUCGGCUUCUUGGGGCUCAUCUACUACGUCUUCCUCGUCGCCAUCCGACUCGAUGCCAAAGUAAUCAGGGAGAAGAGCGUGAUGGUGUUGCCCGUGGCCGCCGCCACCGUCGCCCUCCCAUUCCUCGCCGUCGUCAUUGCCAUCGUUAUCUUUGGCCUGGCCGCCCCGAUGGAAGAUGACAGCUUCAGACCCUCCCGAAGGCAACAGGCCACGUUCACCUUCGUCCUCGGCUUCGCCCUCUCUGUUCCUGCCUUCCCAAUCAUGGCGCGCCUCCUAGCCGAGGUCAAGCUCCCCAACGGGGAGAUCGGCCAGAUCGUGCUCCCGGCGGCCAUGGUGGCUGACGUGACCUCGUGGAUCGUCCUCGCAGUGUGCUUCGCCUUCGUCGGGCCUGCCUCUGAGGCCCUGGCGCCGCUAUGGGUGGUUCUCGCCGGCGCAUGCCACGUGGUGGUAUGCGCGUUUAUGAUCAGGCCGCUGCUGGUGUGGCUGGGGAGGAGGACGUCCUCGUCCCAGUCCGUGAAAAUCGAGGUCAUGGGAUUGGUGAUCGGCUUAGUGCCAGCGGCGGGGCUGUCGGCUGCGGUCAUCGGCUUGCACCCUGCCUUGGGUGUACUUGUGCUGGGGCUGGUGGUGCCCAGGGGGCCGCUCACGGCGGCGCUCACGCAGAGACUCGAGAGCUACGUCAUCAAUGCCCUGCUACCUUUCACUAUCAUCAGCAGCGCCCACGCGAUCGACGUUCUGGACGCCCUGACGACAAGUGCGGAGGAGUCAGAGCACUACACGCUGAGUUUGGUUUGUGUCGCGAUUGUGGGGACGCUGGCAAAGUUGGGGGCAGGCAUGGCCGUGUCGCCCCUGUUUUCCCUGCCGCACACAGAGGGUUUGUCGAUCGGGGCGUUGAUGAAUACGAUCGGACCCUUGGAGAUUAUAAUCCUCAACACGGGCAAGGAUCGAAAGAUCUUUGGUGACAGGAUCCACGGAUUUCUAUUGAUUUGGUCGUUGGUUUCCACGGCAAUGGUGAGGCCGAUCUUGACGGCGAUCGAAGAGCGUAAGCUCCGCCGCUCUCCUGCUGCCACGUACAAGAAUCGGAACCUGCAACUGUCUGGCUUCGACUCCGACCUGCGCGUCGUGGCCUGCGUCCACACAGUCCGGAACGCCCCCUCCAUCACCAGCCUCCUCCAACUUGCCAACCACUUUCCGCUCUCAGUCUGCGCCGUCCACCUUGCUGAGCUCACCAGCUCCGCUCCAGCAAUGCUCAUCGUCCACGACGCCGCCGACGGCCAACGCACUCUUCCGAUUGGGGACAUUCACACCACGACGUCGUCUGGGCUGGACAACCAAGUGGAUUCGCAACCCAUCACUUCGGCCUUCCAGAGGUUCCAGCAACGGUCCACAAACGCCACCGUCUCGUCCCUCACCGCCGUCUCCUCCUACUCCUCCAUGGCCGACGACGUCUUCCGCAUCGCCGAGGGCUACCGUGCCACCCUCGUCGUCCUACCGUUCCACCGCCAGCUGGCCAUCGACGGCCAGAUGGAGGAGAUCAACCCCAAUGUGCGCAGCGUCAACCAGGGCAUCCUCGCCGGAGCGCCUUGCUCCGUCGCGGUCCUUGUCGACCGCGGUCAACUGGUCGACCUCGACUCCAAACUCAGCAAGUACCGUGUGGCGCUCCUCUUCUUCGGCGGACCCCACGACCGGGAGGCGCUCCUCUACGCUAGCCGCUUCUCGAAUAGGCCUGGGGUCCACCUCACAGUGGUGCGGUUCAUGUCUGUCAGCCAACCACACACUCCCAAGGCGAUGCCGGCGAUAUCGAUGGCCAGGGUGGAGCAGCGAAUCGACGACGAGUACGUAAGGGAGUUCAGGCAGCAGUACGCGAGCCGCGCGUCGGUGGCGUACGAGGAGAGGGUGGUGGCGGAUUGCGAGGAGACGGUGGCCGCUAUCAGGGAGAUGGGUGGCGCGCACAACUUGUACAUGGUGGGUAGGGCACCGGGUGGAGAUUCAACGUCGGUGCUGUUGGCGAGUUUGUCGAACUUCGUGGAGUUCAAGGAGCUGGGGCCGAUUGGGGAUUUGUUGGUGUCGGCGGAGUUCUCAGCUACGGCAUCGGUGUUGGUGGUGCAGCAGUACUCGGGGGAUCAGCAGUGCAUCUGGGAUAUGGAUGAAAUAUCCAGCCGGAGCGGAGGAAUGGCGAGGCGGGACGGUUACAACGUCAUUCGCCGGUGA